AUGACCUCGCCCGGCUUCUCACUGAUCAGCUCCAGCUACACCAUGACUGCUGUCCUACAAGCGAAGAAGACGAGGGGUCUCCUCACACAGCUGGAACGUACUAUAAAUGCGACGCUGAAAAGGGACCAUCUAACAACGCUCAACCACACCUUGAAUGAGAAACUAGGGCGUAUCGCCGGCCCUGCAGUCACGGCGAACAUCGACUGCCCAAAGCUUCUUGCCAGGCUAGCUGACAACUUUGAGUUCGUCAACAGUUACGAGUAUCGUGCGGGAGUUGAGCGGAUCCCCGAUGACUCCGAGUUCAACAUCGGCUGCCCAUGCAGUGGCAAUGAGAAUGAGUGCGAUCCUUCUAUAUGUGACUGUCUCAACAUGGAAGAGGAUUCAGAUGAUAGGAUUGUGCCAUAUCAAACCAGCGAAAGCAAUGCUAACCUGAUUGUUGCGACCGAGGACUUCCUCAGACGCAAAGCCAUCAUCUACGAGUGCAACUCACGUUGCGGCUGCAGUGGUGAUCGAUGCUGGAAUCACGUCGUUCAACAGGGAAGGUCUAUCAGGUUGGAGAUAUUCAACACUGGCCCUAGGGGGUUGGGUCUCCGAUCUCCCGACUUCUUUCACCGAGGACAAUACAUUGACCUUUAUCUCGGCGAAGUGAUCACUAAAGCUGAAGCUGAUGAACGCGAGAACCUCGCCGAAGGCUCACAUACGCAAUCCUAUCUUUUCUCUCUGGACCGGAACGUAAAGGACGACGAGGACGAAGACCGAAACAUGAAAGUCGUCGACGCCCGCGAGUUCGGCUCCGCAACCCGUUUCAUCAAUCACUCUUGCAACCCUAAUUGCAAGAUCGUGCCUGUGUCCACCACCAAUCACGCCGAUGAAUACCUGUACAAUCUUGCAUUUUUCGCAAACCGGGAUAUCGCACCCGGCACUGAGUUGACCUUCGACUACACCCAAGGAGAGGAACACACAACUCCCGCAGAAGUUGACCCUGACGCGGUGCCUUGCCUAUGUGGUGAAGCCAACUGCCGCGGACAGUUGUGGCCGAACAAGCGCAAAGGCCAGGGAUCCAAACCGUAG